AACACACGAAACUGCCGGCUUAAAGGAACUCUCUGUGCAGUAGAAAGAAGGUGGUGGAAGAAGAGAGGAAGGCGUUCGAAGGCACAACAGAGAAAGAGAAUCAGCCCAUUCCCUCUGUGUGUUCCCCGUAGUUUGUAUUUUAGAGGGCGCUAGUAGAGAUAUUUUUGGGCCUGUUUUGAAAGCAUAAUGGAAUUAGAAACAUCUCGAAAGAGUCUAUGGGAUUGUUCGUAUGUACGCGCGUUCGAGGUUAUGUAUAUAGGCGAUCAUGAUCAUUGGUCCUUUUGGAACGAAGGAUAACAAAAGAGUUUCGAAACAACUAGAAAGACAAGCUGACUUGGGCAUUGCGGGUACAAGAUUUUAUUAAGAUUAUUGUUAGAAGAAAAUUGUUUUUUUAAGUUUUUAAAAAACUUUUUUCUUUUCUGCAUAUAUCAUUAUAAUAUUUAAGUCAAAUUAUUUUCUUCAAAUGAUUCUUUAAGAAAAAAAAAUAAAGUUUAUAAGAAAAAUUUGCAUUUUAUGUACGUAUAAUUUAUAGAUAUUAUAUAUUUGAUAUUAUAAAAUAUUAUGUGAUUGCUAAUCUCAAUACUUUUUGAAUUGAUUUAAAUUAGCUGCGUGAACAUUUAAGUUCGAUAUCCAACGAUUGGCAAAAAAAAAAACGUAUACAUCAUACAAGUAUACAAAGGAAAUGGUUCAGGGAGUAAUCUAAAUGAAUGGAAAGGCGCGCGCGCAUUUCCUUUCGUCUCGAAUAAAACGUUACUCCUUAACGACCUAAGUGCACUUCCUGUAUAAUUAAUUGUACUCAAGUUUGUUACGCUUCUGCAAAUUCAUUGAACUCAACAAAUUUAAUAUUAGAUAGAUAAAAAAUAAUCGAACAAAUGUAGCAAAAUGAAAUAAUAUAAUAUAAACGAUAUAAACGAAAAAUAUUGAAAAAAACCGAUUAAUUUUUAAUUGCAGCAAAUAUCAAUGGAAAUUGUAACAUAUAAGAAGUAUGCAUAACUGAAGCAAUUACAAAGUGCUAUUUUAAGUGGCAUGCAUCUGCUUAAUUGAUAUUUAUUUUCAAUUAAAUGAGAUCAAGAAUAAUUCGAAAAGUAUAAGAGAGUCGACGACACGAUAAAAUUGAUGAAAAAAUUCAUAAGCUACGCGGCCAUGGAUGACGAUGGCCAGUGCAAAAAUAUCGUCAGUGAAACGAGGAUUGCUGCAGCCGCAAGAAUUUUUCGAGAACGACCGUUUUCUUCUUCUUCGCGGGUAGCCCACAACGGAAAACGAGCUGCAAUAAAGUUUACAACGUGGCCCCGCUGACUCUCGUGUAUUUAUAGCUGGUCAUUUCCACGGGGAUCCUCCCGUAAUUUUCGAGUCGAAUGAUUUUACACGUCGAUGAUUUUUCUUUUACUUUUUCUUCAUCUUCACUGACUGAAGCUGAUUUUUACAAUUACAAAAUGAAGAAGAUCUCAAAGAUUUAUAAAUAUCUCUUCCAGCAAAUAUUUCUUAUUUUGUGUCUCUACUAAAACUACAAAUUAAAAUCAAUCUUUCGAUUAAACUUUAUUUUAACUGAAAAAAAUAGAAAUAUAAUAAUUAUCUAUUUUUAAGAUAUUCCAAUACAAAAAUUAAAUCAGAACUUACAAGAUUAUUGACAUAUAACGUCAUUGAUUAUUUCGUAUAAUAAAAUUUUAGUAAUAUUCUAAUAUCCUAACAAAGUAUUCUAGGAUUCUUCGUAGCAAUAUUUAAUUACUAAAGAAAAUUUGGACGUAGUUAAUGUUACGAUUGAAAAGUACAGAAUGUUCUCUUCUUCAUAUUUCAUUAGUGACUUUCGUUUUCUUCAAGGUUCUCGGUAAAUGUGAAUCUUUCAGAAGUCACUUAAAUAUUCAAACAGCUUAUGUCAUUUUACAUUUGAAAUAGUUGUUAACAUUCAACAAUCUAGUUUAUUUCUAUCAUAUUUGCAGAAAUCAAAAGCAGUCUAUUGCCCCAUUGAUCAGCAAUGUCCAUCUCGACAUUAGUUAAGUUCAUUCUGACGCAACAUCGAGAUCCACGUGGACACUGACCAGGGACGGCCAGGGACGAAAGAGGAAUUUCUGAGCAAUGAUGAGUUAAACAUUGAUUUCGAUCGGUGUCCACUGGAACGCGACGGAAAACCACCACCCGAUCACGAACCACCCCUGCUAUGUGUCAGUAGUAUGCCGACUGUUGUUCCUAUUGCACGAAUUUCCGCUACUCUUAUAAGUGUCUGUGUUAAUUGAAAUACAUUUGUACAAAAUUAUCAGGAAUUGUUAUAAAUUUAAAAGGAAAAUUGAAGAUGAUAAGAAAAUAUUCACGAAGAACAAGCAGAGAUAAAAAUUAAUGAAGAAAUUUAGGUGAUGGGAUAAUUUUGAACGAUCCAUGAAAUUUCCAUGAAUGUGACGAAUGGUGCUUGUGAAAAAUUCACCACCUUCGCGAGGCGAGAGUCCUCAAAAAGAAAAUGCGAGGAAAGAUAAGGGGAAGAAUCGCGUGUCACGUGGCAAUAGUCCAGCGGAUCAGACUAGUUCCAGAGGAAAUAGCCCAGGAAAGAGCAAUUCUGGUGUCAAAGUAAUCGGGAAAAAUAAUUUGACGAAGUCUCAUGGAAGCGAGACCGGUAGUAUCGAGAGACUGAUAGAUGGUGAUAAGAGAGUGAUUGCCACCAAACAUUUGCUUCCAGAGAACAACAUAAAUGUUGUCGUCAGAGUUCGUCCACUCAGCAAGAAGGAAAUUAAAACCGGCGAUGAUAUGGCCGUGCAAUUUCCCGGAGAGGGGCAGAUAUACUGCGAAGGAUUUCCGAGUAGCGGGGACAAGAAGGGCAAAUUAUUUUCGUACAACGUGGUGUUCGAGCCCACGGCCUCUCAGGAGGACAUCUUACAAUUUUCUGGCGUGAAAAAACUUAUCGAAAUGGCGGUGGAGGGAUUCAGUUGUACCGCGUUUUGUUACGGACAAACUGGAAGCGGGAAAACCCACACGCUCACGGGGCCUCCAGAAAUGUUCGAAAAAAUGAAUCCUUAUUCGGAGCAACAUGGUUUGGUCUUCCGGUCUUUCGUCUAUUUAUUUAAAUUGUUACAAGAACGAGAAGAAUGUAAUUUCGUGUUGAAAGCCUCCUUCCUGGAGAUUUAUAAUGAAAAGGUAAUAGAUCUGUUAAAUCCUGGUACAUCGAGGAAACCUUUAAUGGUCCGGUGGAGUAAAAAGACACGAGGCUUUUUUGUCGAGAAUCUUUUCACUGUUGAAUGCGAAGAACUUGAUGAUCUUCUGGCUGUUCUCGAAGAAGGGAUGAGAAAUAGAAAAGUUGGUGCACACAAUAUGAAUGAUCAUUCUAGCAGAAGCCACAGUAUCCUCACUGUCAAUAUCACAUCUGAGCAACAGAUGGAUAACAGCAUAUUCAUCUCAAGACAAGGAAAAAUCAAUUUUGUCGACUUGGCUGGAAGUGAGAUGACAAAAAAGACACAAAGUGAGGGAAAAACUUUGGAAGAAGCGAACAAUAUCAAUAAAAGUCUAAUGGUUCUAGGUUACUGCAUAGCUUCUUUGAGUGAUGGGAAACGUAAGGGUGGACAUAUUCCAUAUCGAGACAGUAAACUAACUAAACUUCUGGCCGAUAGUUUAGCGGGAAAUGGUGUUACUUUAAUGAUCGCUUGUAUUUCACCAGCUAAAUCGAACGCAAGUGAAACUUUGAAUACUUUGAGAUAUGCAGCGAGAGUAAAAAAAAUCCGAACAAAACCUAUUGUGGUAAUGGAUCCUCGAGAAGCUCUGAUUCUUAGUCUGAAACGGGAGGUAGGAGCCUUACAAACAGAAAAUGAACAUCUUCGAGCAGCUCUUCAUUUAAAUAGUGAUGCCUCAAAUAUAAUUCGUAGCGAAUCUAAAGCUGAAAGAAAAAUACCAUUGACACCUCCAAUAGUAGAUUUAAAUAAACUAUCUGAAAUGGAACGAUCUGAAUUAAGUCAACUGAUUCAUGCAUACAUUACCGAAAAUGAAGCUCUUCGUCGAGAAAAUGCAGAGUUAUAUGCUACAAGAGAGCAAGUGAUACGGGACCAAGAACUUGUUUGCAGAGAAAACGAGAGGUUACUGAAGAAACUCGAAGAUGUCAACUCGUUUUAUCACUGCAGAGUAUGUUGUCGAUCUCCAAUCAUACCUGCCAGACCUACAUAUUCAGCGGAAAUGCUAAACGAUAGUAAUAACGAGAAUGCACCUGGCGCAACCAAUGUUUGGACUAAUCCUAAUGUGGAACCUACUCCCCUUUCGAGUGAUAUGAUCAGACAUGGGUUAUACAGAUCUGCAAGUAGUAUGCCAGAGAAAAUACAAAAAGAAUUAGAUAAACGAAGAAUUGUAGGAAGUUAUAAUAAUAUAGUAGAAGCAUACAAAGAUAAGAGUCAUCACCGUAGACACAAUUCAUGGGAUAAUGGAAACGGCAUGACGAGAAUGAGUCCGGAUCAGUCCAUGUCACCAAUAGAUAUUAAUCAAUAUAAAAAGGCGAGCACACGUCGCACCUCGACAGUUCCUGAAGAACGUAGACCAUCGCAAACUAACGAUCUUUUGGGCGAACCAAUUCAACCAAUUGACCAUUCGUAUAACGAAUCUCCAGAUUCAAUUCUUAGCGGUUCUUUAGAAAUAAUGAACUCAACGCCGAACACAGCUGAAUCAGAGAUGCCAACAAUACCAUUUCCGGCGGUAACGCACAUUUUGACACCGUUGAAUACUUCAGAAUUUGAAGACCAUUCGCCAAAGACAUCAAAAAAAUCUAAGAAAAAAGAGGAUGAAACUAUUCAACGAGCGUUUGGAAGUCCAAUUCCUAUUGACGAAGAUAAACCACUUUGAAUACUCUAAUCAAUAAGCACAUAAUUAAUGAUAAAUUUUAAUCGUAAUGAUCUGAAAUAAACCAAAAUUAGAUCAUUUAUGAAAAUGAGAAUAAAAAAAUAAAUUGAAAAGAAAUAUAUAUAUAUGAAAAUUAAUUAAUUUUAGAUGGAUAAACUUUGUAAUUGAUUAAAAAAAAAAUAUUUAAUCAAAAGAUCAAAAAGAAUAAAUACUUCAAAUUUUAUGGCAAUUAUAUAAUUAUUUAAAUUAUCAUAUUAUCAUAUCAUAAAUUAAUGAGACAGAUUUAAGACAGGCAAUAAGAUGAAUGUAUAUUUUUAAAUAUUAACAACACAGUAAUGUCAUGUUUUUAAAAUAAAAAUGUAUAAUAUAUAUAGAUAUAUUAUUUCUAUAAAAAUAUGUAAUUAUGUGUGAGCUUAUAUAUAAAUCUACAAGUCAUUAUUUUUCCAUACUGAAAAGAAAAUGACUACUUCUAAAUAAUUCAAAAUAAAAUUUAUAAUGACAAAGGUGUGAAUAAAAUUACAUAUAAUAAAGUAUUUCAUUAUUUUGUCGU